AUGGCUUGCGUCAAGAAGGGUCUCUCCCGCCAGGACGCCCACGAGGAGAUCCGUGUCCUCUCCCACCAGGCAGCAGACAAUGUCAAGAAGCACGGCAAGGACAACGACCUGCUCGAGCGCAUCCGCCGCACCGCAUUCUUCAACCCCAUCCUGGGCGAACUCGACACCCUCCUCGACCCCAGCACCUUCGUCGGCCGUGCCCCCCAGCAAGUCGAGAAGUUCACCUCCACUGAGGUCAAGAAGGCCCUUGAGCCAUAUGCCUCUGCCGUUGCCAAGGCCGAGACCUCUACGCUCAGCGUUUAA